CCUCAUCCUACAUAUUUAUCACAAUCUGCCCUCUUAUCUAAGUGAGGCUGGACAAUUAUUGGUAAAUCAACCUCUUUAAUUACUCUGGCAACUCGCGAAACCUGAGAUUCAUUCAAAAGCUGCACAUACUGUCCAAGCCAGCCUCGCGAGCGUCCUGAUGGACGCCUAUGGUUCCAACGAUGAAGAGUCUGCAGAGCUACGAAAGCUUCUCGUAGAGGUGAACGAGGACUCGGACAACUUUGAGAUCUGGGAGAAGCUGGUUCGAGCCAGCGAGACGCUUGAAGGCGGCAUCAAUCGCAACUCCAGCUCACAGGCAAUCACCACCGUCCGUGAUGUGUACGACCGAUUCCUCUCCAAGUUCCCUCUAUUCUUUGGAUACUGGAAAAAGUAUGCAGAUCUGGAGUUUUCCAUAGCUGGGACCGAGGCUGCCGAAAUGGUAUAUGAGAGAGGCAUUGCCAGUGUGACAAAUUCCGUCGACUUAUGGACCAACUAUUGUGCCUUCAAGACUGAGACAAGCCAUGAUUCCGAGAUUAUUCGAGACCUUUUUGAACGCGGUGCUGUGAGCGUCGGCCUCGAUUUUCUUGCCCAUCCGUUCUGGGACAAGUACGUUGAGUUUGAGGAACGACAUGACGCCCACGAUCGCAUCUUUGCCAUUCUUUCCCGAGUCAUCCAUAUUCCCAUGCAUCAGUACGCCCGCUAUUUUGAACGAUAUCGCCAAAUGGCGCAGUCUCGACCCUUGGCAGACCUCAUCUCAGCAAGCCAGCUUACCCAAUUACAGCUGGAUCUAGAAAAUGAAGGCGCCGGCUACAAGGCGGGGCGAAGCCAGGCCGAAGUGGAAAGGGAAUUGCGAUCACGGAUUGAUAGCAUCCAUCUGGACAGCUUCCGCAACACCCAGACCGAAACGACCAAGAGAUGGACGUACGAAUCAGAGAUCAAAAGACCAUACUUCCAUGUAACGGAUCUGGAUGAGGCGCAGCUCACCAAUUGGCGGAAAUAUCUUGACUUUGAAGAGGUGGAAGGCGACGUGGCUAGAGUGCAGUUUCUCUAUGAGCGCUGCCUCGUCACUUGUGCACAACACGAAGAGUUCUGGCUGAGGUAUGCCAGAUGGAUGCUGGCGCAGUCUGGUAAGGAAGAGGAGGUUCGCAACAUCUACCAGAGGGCGUCGUGUCUGUUCGUGCCUAUUGCCCUCCCAGCUACUCGGCUGCAAUACGCCUAUUUCGAGGAGUCGACAGGGCGGGUGGAUGUAGCCAAGGAUAUCCACGAAGCGAUCCUUUUCGCAUUGCCAGGCCACGUCGACACCAUCGUGUCACUCGCGAACCUCAACCGGCGCCACUCGGAUCUCGAAUCGGCAAUUGCAGUAUAUCAAUAUCAAAUCGAGCACGCGGCGAUUGAAGGCGCAGCCAAAGCGGCUCUGGUUUCAGAGUGGGCCAAGCUGUUGUGGAAGACCAAGGGCUCUCCUGAAGAAGCACGUCAGCUGUUUCAGAAGAACCAAAACUACUAUCUCGAUAGUGCGCUAUUUUGGACGAAUUAUCUCCGAUUUGAGAUUGAUCAAUUCAGCACCAGCAGUGACGCUGAACAUCAACACCAGCAAAUUCGACGAGUGGUGGACGAGAUUCUUGCUAAGGGCACGCUUCCAGAAGCGACAACACAAGAGUUGGUGGCGCUUUACAUGAAGUACUUGAUGGAAAGAGGAACAAAGGAUGCGGCCCAAGAAUACAUGGCCUUGGAUCGAGAGAUCAACGGACCAGCCUCAGUGCAAAAGUCGCACAAAUCACUGGUCGAGGGGGCCAAGAUUCCAGGAGUUAUCAAUGGGCAGCCACCACCAAUACGGUAUUCUUAAGAACCAAAAGUCUACACAGUAUAUCAGGCUUGGACACAGUAACAUGAAGCCCAGGGGAAAGGGAAAGGAGCGUGAACCAGACGUUCGUGGAGUUAUCGAUGUGGUAAUGGCUCAUGAACCAGGUUCAUCUUCUAGGAUGAGCGAGAGGUUGACCGCGGCUCUUGUCGUCAACACUUCUCAGUCAGUGUGAGUGUUUGUAGCUCUAGGAGAAGUACCGACUAUCCGAUAGCGAUAGCGGAACAUGAUGGUCAUACCGUUCUUGAUCUUGCAUUUCCCGAUGAUAUAGGCGACAUACGAUGAAUG